AAAAGACUUGCGAACGUGAAAGUGUUCGUAGUUGUGCCCGGUCUCCAAAAGUUGUUGUUGUUGAGUUGUUGAAAGGGGCUUGGUUGAAAGACAAAGGCCAAGAUGGCUUCAUUUGCGUUGGUAAGGUUUAAGUGCAAUAGCCAAAUUGUUGCUGUGUCUGUUAAAGAAAUGCUGGCUCUGAGGAAGGAGAAUGGUGUUCGAAAGUUUGAGCCUUAUAUACCAAUUUGUGUUACUGACUUCAAAGUUAGCUCGAGGCACAAGUACGCUGUGCUUUUAACUGAUUCUUUUGGCAAUUUACGGAGAUGGUACGUUAUGAUCGGUCGUCUUGGAGCGUCACCGGAAGAAGUGCUAUACCAAGCUGGAAGUGUAGAAUGGCCUGCUGUGAAGACAAGGAAGUCUCAACGUUCUUGCUUCUCUCAACUGACUGAUAUGACCAUAGAGCACACAAUAAAUGUUAGUGCUGCUGCUGCACAUGAUCAUGAAUUACAGGUAAAAUCAGCUUCUUUGGGACAUUGUGGCAAGUCAGAAAAGGCAAACAAACACAUCGAUUAUCAAGAAGUUCAACCAAAAUCUCACCAGACAAACCAAGAAGAAAAAGAUAUGUUUGAUACAAUGAUGAAUCGUCUGAAUGAAGUUUAUGGUAAGAUUGUUGAGAGAUUUGAUGGAGUUGAACAGUCUCUCUUGGACCUGCCCGACCAGAUAAAAAGAAGUUGCAUGACAAAUGUUAGUGCAUGGUUAAACAGUAUUCCUGAAAAUCUGCCAGAAAUUCGAGGUGCGUCAGAUGUCAGGGUAGACCAAGUCAAGGAUAUGAAGAAGUCUGAGAUUGCAGUGGGAGAUACUGCAUCAGGGAAUGAAUCAGUGGCAAAUUAUGUUGAUGCCAAGUCAGUAGGCAAUGAAUCAAAGAUGAAGGUGGAUGAAAGAGUUGAAACAGAUGAAUCAGAAUCAGAAUCAGAAGUUACUUCACAAAUUGACUCUGAUUUCCCUGAUAAGGAUAUUUUCUAUUCCUUUUUAUCAGGAAUUGUCUCAGAAAACUGAUGCCAGACAAAGAGAAGAGGGCAAAAGUUCAACUAUCUCUAUUGAAAUUAUGCGAAGUAAUUAGGUAACAAAUUAUGUGACUUAUAUUUUAGUUACCAAUCAGUAUUUAACCAUACACAGUAUUUGUGCUAUUUUUUUAGUUACGAAUCAGUAUAUAACCACACAGUAAUUGUGCUAUUUUUAGUAACCAAUCAGUAUUUAACCACACAGUAAUUGUGCUAAUCAUUAAUGAAAGAAGGACCUUCAAUUAAGUCUAUAUUUCAGAUUGUUAUUUUUUUCUGUUUAAGAAAAGGUUUUCAUGCUUGUGAAUAAUUUUUGUUUUUUGUUCAACUUGUGCAUAAUUUAAAAGAAAA